CAAAAUUGUCGGAACAAAGAUCCUAAUAUCCUUUGAAGUCUCGCCAUGUCGAUUGUGGAGAUGAGAGUGCACAUGGAUUGUCCUGGAUGUGAAAGAAAAAUAACUAAAGCCCUCUCAAAAUUAGAUGGUGUGGACAACAUAGACGUAGAUAUGAACAUGCAAAAGGUGACCGUGACAGGGUGGGCGAGCCAGAAAAAGGUUCUGAAAACCGUACGAAAGACUGGCCGGACAGCAGAGCUAUGGCCGUUUCCAUACAACACGGCCUACUACAGCCACUACUCAGGGGGGAGUCAGGCCAGCUACGCCUAUUCCUCCGGUUACAGCACCCCAGUGAAUUAUUUCACAGCUGAGUCGACAACCUCCACCUACAACUACCGUAAGCAUGGCUACAAUGGCCACGACCACGGCUACUACCAGCAGCCACCCGGGUCGGAUAUCAUUGACAAUCGCACCACCGACAUUUUUAGCGACGAAAACGCCACUGGUUGCUCUGUAAUGUAAUAAAUGGAAGAUAAAGCAACACUUUUGAAUGCAGUUUCUGCAGAUACCAAAAUCAACAUCAUGUGGAACC